AUGGUAAAAUCGGUGAAAGAUGGAAAAUCUCAUUGUAAGAAUCUGGAUAUGAAGCUAUUGAGUUUUAGAGAAAAUUCAAUUGAGGUUGAAAACUUGUUAAGCAGCGUGUUGUCUGCAAAAAACAACAACAACAACAAUAAUAACAUCAACAACAAAAACAUCAGCAACAACAAUAACAACAUCAACAACAACAGCAGCAGCAGCAACAACAACAAUAACAACCACAACAACAGCUUCGGCGAAAGCGUUUUGAUUAAUGCCCAAUUUGUUUCCUCAGAUUUUUGGCUUUGGGUACCUGAUUUGAAAGAAAAAUGUUCCAGAAAUCAUUUCCUCAGAGCAUGGAACGAUUACCGUGUCUUCCAUCCGUCUGAUAGCGACUGCAUAGUAUUCGUUUUGAAGCCAACUUUUAAUUAUUUCAAAGCCAGAAAGAACUGCUUGGACAACAACGGAGAUAUACUAUCAUUUGGAUAUCCAAAUUUAUCCACGAAUAAAGAUACAUAUAUCGAUAAUUUGAGAAACUCUGGGAGUAAGGAUAACAGAUCAAUGGAUGCAGGAAUAAAAAAUGAUGGACUGAAAGAGGAAGGAUUGAAAAUUGUGAACGGAUUGAAGGAGGAAGGAUUGAAAAAUGUAAACGGAUUGAAUGAAAGUAUGAGAUUAAGACAGAUUGAAUAUUGGAUAAACCAAAUGGAUGACGAGCUGUUGGAUAGUUCUAACGCGUUUUGGAUUGGUUUGGUUAAAGGAAUUUGGAUGUGGAAUGAGGAUGAUGAUGAUGAGGAUGAUGAAGAUGAUGUAAAAACUUCUCUUACAAUCAAAGAAUUCAACUGGGCAAAUGAACAACCAAGUGAACAAAUUGAAAAUUCUUGUGUAUAUAUUAAAAAAAAUAAUAAUAAUGGUAGCAAUGGUAAUAGUGGCAGUAGAAGCAGCAGCAGCAGCAGCAAUAGUAGUAGUAGCGGUAGUAGUAGUAGCGGUAGUAGUAGUAGUAACAGUGGUGGUGGUAGUGGCGAUUUUUUGUGGUUCGCCACAAGCUGCUUGGAAGAGGAUGGAGAUAAAUAUUUUGCCGCUAUAUGCAUGGGUAAUGCCGGCGUUUUAGCAGCCAUCGCCAUUAGCAGCUGUGCGUUGGUGGUCGUGGUAGUGGCUGUCGUGUCUGCAUUCGUGUAUAAACGUGUUAUAAAAAAAAACAACAACAACAACAACAACGAUGAUGAUGGCCACAGAUUCGUGUAUAGUUCAUCGAGUUUCUAUGAUUACCCCAUAUAUUCUGAUGCCAACUGUGCAACAAUUUCACAACAACAUCAACAACAUCAACAACAACAACAUCAACAACAACAUCAACAACAUCAACAACAACAUCAACAACAGCAACAACAUCAACAACAACAACAUAAACAACAACAACAUCAACAAGAUAUGUACGUAAACAGUAGUAUUGUUCCAGAUUUGCUUACACUAUACAACAGUAACGAUGACAUUAACACAACAAACCAUGACAUGGACAACGCGAGCCACAGUGUCAACAUCGAUAUCUCCAACGAUUUAAAUAACAAAACCGGAAAUGAUACAACAGAUUCAUUUCCGUUAAAAGAUAAACAAGAUGGAGAUCGUCGUCCACAACCUAGGAUAGCGGAUACGCAAUAUGGCCACCGCCAACAACUUCCGGUUGCAGAAAAACAAGAUGGCGGACGCCAACAACUUCCGGUUGCAGAAAAACAAAAUGGCGGACUUCAAAAACUUCCGGUUGUUGAGAAACAAGAUGGCGGACAUCAAACGAUGCAUUACAGAGUGUCAGGCGGCGAUAUAUAUUCUAUUGUUUUAAAAAAUUCAUAA